UUUACGAUAUGAGUAACUUCCGGAUUACCUGGCCCAUGUAUAAUUUAGGAUGAAUAUAUACUUUCAAGUACAUUUAACGUAAAAAAAACAGGAAUGAAGAGGGAUAUAUAGCUCAUGAUUAACAAAUAGAUGUACAAUGAUGCAAUGUUUUAAAGCAAAAUAUCAAAAUAUACCUGGAUAAUAAUCAAAUUUAAAAUGGCGGCUGUAUUGUUUACCUGUAUACUCGCAGCGAUUUGCUUUCGAUUUGGUUCAUCACAAAUUUUUACACCACCGCCACCAGGUGAAAAACCUGUAAUAUCAAAUGGGAUAGUGUAUAAUCUGAGGCACAUCCCUGUCGAGUGCCAAGAACCACGUGUUUUAGAAAGUAGACAAAUAAACUAUGGCAUGGUUUUACCAGAAAACAAGAAAUGGGCAAUUAUGAAGAUUUAUAGUCCAUAUAAAAUCCAAGGAAACAUAGAAAUACCUCCAAAUACAUGUUUGUAUAUAGAACCAGGUGUGACCAUGUAUUUUGGACCAGGAUUUGGAAUGAUUGUUAAUGGAACAUUAAUAGCAAGGGGAAGUGAGGAAAAUGGUGGAAGAAUAACAAUGACAAAAAUUCCAGAAGUUAGUCAAAGUGUUGUUACAAGUAAUCCAUUUCCAACAGAUGCUCGCCUUAUGGAUGGUAAUACAACCAGGGAUGGAAAAUUAGAAUUGUUUUAUCAAGGACGUUGGAGAGGAGUUUGUAAUAAAUAUAUCAAUUAUACAAAAAUUGAUGCUAAUGUAACCUGUCAACACUUAGGAUUUGUAUGGGGAAACUUUACAUAUCAUUCUUUUUCCCGAAAUAAGACAGACUAUAUGUUAUUUGAAAGGCCAAGAUGCACAGGAAGUGAAAAGAGUUUAUUUGAUUGCCCUGGUGCCAGGAACCCAAAAAUUACACUUGGAAAGCACAUAUGUGACGGUCAACAACUCAUUGGUUUUCAGUGUGCUGGUCUAAGAGAUGAUUUAGCAACGUCUAAUUGGAGAGGUUUAGAAUUCUAUAAUGUAACAGUACAACCACAAAAAUUUGGCAAUCUGUACUAUAACAAAACUUUAACAUGGCUGGAAUACUUAGACAUCUCUUAUGCUGGAAGAGACAUCUAUAGAGGGGAUGGUUUUAACCAUGGAAGAGCAUCCAUUAGUGCUAGUCCCUAUGUUCCACUAAUGAACAACAUAACAGUAACACAUGGAGCAUAUGAUGGCAUCAAUAUGACUGAAAUUAUUGGUCCAAUACAUAUAGCAAACAGCACAGUUUCACAUAACAGAGGCUAUGGUGUAUACCUAGAGACAGCUAUUGGUAGAGUACUCAUUAAUGAGACAGAUGCAAAUAAUAACUGGGGAGAUGGUGUCAAGAUGUACAUGAAAAAUUAUACCAUUUAUGAUUGGGAGCUCAAGUACCCCUCAUCUGGUUCCUUUUGUAGAGCAGCUGUUCCAUCAGAGCCUAGUUACCCAUUCUUUGUGUAUGAAAACAUCAUAGAUCCAAGUGGAAAUAAACCAUUUGAUAGUUAUGAUUGUACAAGGGAAUAUAAUACAGUACCUGGCCACAGAAUUACUGUCCACUUUUUACUGAUGGAACGUGACCCUACAGUUACAGCCACCAUGAAAGUGUAUGAUAACUAUAAAUCAGACAGCAAUCUUAUAGCAACAUUUGCUGUGACCAAUGGUAGCUUCCCACAAUCCAUUACAUCUAAGUCUAACAGGAUAAUGAUAAAUAUGCAGUACCAACUACCACAAAAACCAUUGAAUAGCAGGGAACAAAGAUGUAAAACUUUCCCAUAUUGUCUUAGAUUUCUGCUUCAGUUUUGGUCUGAUGAAGGACUGGAUGAAGAAUUAAGAUUUAUAAACUCUAGCGCCAGCAACAACACAGGAUAUGGAUUAAAUAUACAAGAUAUGAGAUGUAAAGUAGCUGUCAACUCCUCAGUUGUCUCAGGAAAUCAAUAUGGGGCGGGUAUUAGGAUCUAUCAAGGAGCUGGUGAAAUCGCCAUCAAUAACACAAUAAUAGAAAACAAUGCUAGAUGUGGUGUUAAUAUAUCAUAUGCAGGUGGAUACCAGCUGGUCAAUAAUUCCAAAAUAUUAUCAAAUGAUGGUUAUGGAUUGAUAACUGAAUAUAUACGAUUGAAUAACACAAGGUUCGAGCAUUUCCUAAAACUUGAAAUAGCUAGAUCAGAGUUCACAGAAAAUGAAUGGACUGCUGUAAGGGUAGGAAAUUAUUGCCGUGGUGGUGAAUUUCUUAUUAAUACUACUUUUUUCUUUUACAAUAAAGAUGAGGCAGUUGAGUAUUUGUCUUGUAAUGUGACAAUUGAAGGAAACAGACCGCCUACUAAUUUAACACUUGCAUUUAACAAUUUCCGUGGAAAUAGAAGACAUGGGAUUUUGAUGUCACCAGUUAUAAAUACAGUUGGUCUGAUCACAAACAAUACCUUCUCUAAGCAUUCAUUAGGAGCGGUUAGAAUUGAUAAUACUUAUGAUCUGUUGGUUAGUAAAUGGUAUUCUAAAUAUGUGGUGGACUAUAAAAUAUAUGAAAAUACUUUUACCGAUAAUGAUGGAAGAUAUGCAAUCAAUAUGAGACUUACACAGAAUAGUCCAUACCAAAAGAUAGAAUUUAAGUUCAACAAAGUGAUUGGCAACUAUAUUAACGAUACAUCUAUUUAUUUGAACCCAAGAAAUCGAGCUAAUGCUCCAAUCAUUGUCUCAUCAAGUAAUAUUUUCGUUCAGAGAAAUUAUAUUUACAAUCCAGAUUCCAUCCGAGAUAUAGCCACUCAUUUGGUUGAUCCAUCUAUCACCUUAGAUGGUAAUUACAACUGGUGGGGUCCUUUAACAGACGACAAAGUUCAUGAAUUUGUACAUUCACGUAUAUUUGAUAAAGAUGAUAGGUACAAUUUAGCUAAUAUAGAAUAUUUUCCAGUCUUGCGUGAACAAUGGUUGUAUACACAACAAACAACACAUGACAUUCCUAAAUACCGCUGGGUGUUUAAUCGAGGUAAUACAAUUGGUGGGGUUUUAGAUACACCUGGAUUUACUGCUCAGCCAAACACACGAUACCAUGUGGAUAAGGACAUAUUUAUUAUACCAGGAGCAACUCUUGAACUUAAGCCAAACACAAUUCUUGAAUUUGAGAAUUCCAUUGGCAUGGUUGUUCAUGGUAGAUUAAAAGCAGAUGGAAUCCAAGCUAGUACCCCAGUAAAAUUCACAUUGAAGAAUGAACCAGAUGAAGUUGCCAUAGAAAACAGGACAGCAACUGUACGAUUAGUAGAUGGGAAAGAUGAAUAUGAAGGUCGACUUGAAGUGGAAAUGUUAAAUACAUGGGGGACUGUUUGCAACAGGGGAUGGACAGAGGAGAAUUCAGCUGUUGUAUGUUUACAACUAGGUUUGACCUAUGAUCCAGCACAUGGCACAGCUAAACAGAAACUACCAUCUACUGAUACAGUCAUGAUGAGUAGAGUGCAGUGCAAUUUUCUUGAUACAGAUUUAACACAGUGUGAAUCAGAGAAAUAUGGAGAAUUCAAUUACUGUAAUGUGGAAGAACUUGUUUACUUGAGAUGUCAGCCACCUACCUGGUCUGGUAUCACUUUACCAGCUGUUCCUAAAGGAAGUAUGCCAGAACCUACACAGAUACGUCAUGUGAUCAUAGAACAUGCAGGGUUGUUAGAUGCAGAUGACAUGAAAUACACACCAGGACUUACAAUUGACUAUAAUUAUCUAAAAAUAACUGGACUUAUUGUGAGAAACUCUGUAUCUGAUGGUGUCAAUGUGAAGUAUAGUCAUCCACAUACAGAGAACUUGUUUGAACACUGUAUGUUUGACAAUAAUCAAGGACAUGGAUUUCUGACUAGAUCACCCUUUCUUGAUAUUAGAUAUGCCACAAUGAAUAAUAAUGAGAAAAGUGGAUUUGUUUAUGAUCCAUUCUUUACUGAGUAUGAAGCACUUAGUGUAAGAAACUUCAUUGAACCAAGUCUGACGGUUGAUUUAGGAGGGACUCGAAAUUAUAAUUUAGGAGAUAAUUCUAUGGCUUUUAUUGUUACUAAACCAGGACUCCAGACUGUUAGUUUUCCAUACACGAUGCAGGUAUUCGUUUCUGAUCGCUACAGAACAACUCUACAACUACUAGACUACAAUCCAUUGACAACUGUAGAAAAGGUGACAAUAUAUGACUCAAGUGAAAGUGGUAUAACAACCAACACUAAACGUUGGGAGAUAGAAAAAGACCUUGUAGACUUUCCCUUAAUAUCCACAUCAAAUUAUCUGACCAUUACUGUCUUGGUUAGAGGUGUAAUGUCAGGAAGAUUAGCAUUUGCAGCACAUUCAGUACGGUACCCAUUUAAUCCACCAUACUCACAGAUCCAUAUGUACAACUGUACCAUAAAGGAAAACAAGCAAGGAAUUCUUACCAAGCACUAUAACAAUCCAUCAAAUGAAAAAUUAGAAAUUUUCCAUCGUAUCAAAGAAGAGGAGCUUAGAUUUGAAAUGGUGAAUGUUUUUGACAAUGUAGAGGAAGCCAUGUAUAUACCCAGCUUAACUAAAUAUCAUGAUAGGCUGAUACCUACACCUGAGGAAAUGACAACACCAGAAAGACUAGGUGUGAUAAAGUACAAAAUGGAGAGAUGUAAAUUUCACAGAAAUGGAAAAGGAAUAAUUGCAGAUCACAAUCAUGUUGAUUUUGCAAAUAAUGUUUGGCAGUGGAUAUUUAACGAUUCUGAGAUCAGGUGGAAUAAAUAUGGAGGUUUUGACAUUGAAUUGCCCAGAGUGAAUGAUAUUGUUGAAAGAAAAUAUCAUUCUGUAUUUGUAAAAGAUUGUCGCAUACAAAACAAUCAACAGUCAGUUUUCACAGUCAAUGGAUAUUAUGCUAAUGUUACCAUUAUGAAUUCACUGUUCCAAGAUAACUCAUGUCUUCGUGGACUUGUUUACAUUGGGGGUAUGGAAAAAGAUCUAACUGUUUACAAUAAUAUUUUCCAUCGUAACAUAGGAAAAUAUGCUGUGGAAUUAGAUAUGACUAGUCACUCAGAAUACUUCAAUUUAGGUGUUGGAAAAUUUUAUGUGAAUAGUAUUUCAGAUAAUCGCCCAAGUUCUGACUACACAUGUGUGUCAUCCAGUAACCCAGUAACCUACGCUGUAGCCAUCAGAGGAGUUCAGAAUAUCACUUUCAACAGAAAUAUUUUUACAAAUCCUUUACUUCAGUUUGAAAUGGUAGCAGGAAUUUACUCACUUUUAGUUGAAAACACAUUAAAUGUAAAAGAGAAUUGGUGGGGAACAGGGGUACAGUAUAAUAUCAGAAAAAAGAUUUUUGACUUUGACGACUGGAAUAAUUAUGUGAUUGCAGAUUACUUCCCUCAUCUGACCGCCGCAGAUAUUAUCAAUGACAAUGCCAUAGCUUCUGGUAGUCAGGAGAAUCCUGAUUUAGAUUAUCAAAGGUUAGGGGGUCGAAUCAGUAAUAGAGAUUUGUCAUUGCCUUCACAAUCAACACCAAUUAGAGUUGUCUCUGAUCUCACUAUCAUGCCUGAUGCAAAACUUAUUAUUCCGCCUGGAACUGAAUUGCAUUUUGAACCAAACGUUGGAAUACUAGUAUUGGGACAAUUAAUUGCCAGAGGUUCUGUUUACUCGAGGAUUAAGUUUAAACCUGCCAUGAAAACCAGUAUCGGUAUUGGAAAUAAUUGUAGAGGCAAAAGAUCUACCCCACACACAACUUCUAGCAGUGAUGUGAGGUUAAUUAGAGGUAGUAAUGGGACUAUUCCAGCCAAUCAGGGAUUCUUACAACUUAAAAAUACUACAACAGGCACAUGGACACUUAUGUGUGAUAGUAAAUUCAACAAGAAAACAGCUGAAGUGGUUUGUCGUGAACUUGGACUUGAAACUGUUAAUGUAGAUGUUAGAUUUACUCAUCUUUACGACUAUUUUGUGUAUGGUAAACCAAUGUAUUUCAUCAAAGAGUUUUGGACAUAUUCAUAUUACUGUCGUGGAGAUGAACCCUCACUGAGUCAUUGCAUGAAAAGAAUAAAUUAUGACAUACAGAAGUGUAUACAAGCCUCAAAUUACACUUUCAUAAGAUGUGGGGAAAGGACUUUAGACAAUACACAGGAUUAUUGGGGCAACAUAAGGUUUGCACCAAAAUCUUACGAAAUCACAGAAGUUCAAGUUGUACCAGAAGAUCAGAUGUCUAAGUUAGAGUAUGUAGACAUUGAUGGGGCAGGAAUGUUACAUGGUGAAAAAGUGGGGGCCAUUCAGUCUACAUAUGUCACUCCUGUCAUGCAGAACAUCAACAUUACCCGAUGUGUGUGGAAUGGUAUUGACCUUGUCUCACCAAGAUAUGAACUAGAAGUGAGUAAUGUUAAUGCUUCUGGAAACUUGGGGUAUGGAAUCAACGUUCUGAUGUUAAAUGGAGAAUCUAGUGAUGAUGAGACAUCUUCAUUUACUCCAUUGAUAAUCAAUACUGUUCCUUAUUACAUGAAUGGACUAAUAGAUAUGUGCCGUAUGGAAAAAGAAAUACAUCUAGAGAACAGAGUUGUAGUCUAUUACAAGUAUUCUCAGUAUGAACACAGUUGUGUCAAGGUCAUAGAAAGCAGUAAAAGUGUACGCUUAGUUUCAUUUCGACUUUUGCAGUUUAAUUUAUAUCAAGAUGACUUUUAUCGAAAUGUUAUUGAGAUAUUUGAUGGCAAAGCUGUCACCACAGAUUCGUUGAUAACAGAGUUGACAGCUAAUAGUACAGAAGCUGAAAUAUCCAAACGAUAUCUGGCUACAUCAAACUCAAUUUCUGUCCAUAUCCAUGCAUCAUCAGCUCAUGAACAUUAUGGAUUUGUAGCAGAGAUUGUUACAUCACCGCUGAAACAGAUAAAUUAUCCAGACAGUACAACAUCUCACAAAUUUGAAGACAUUGUGUUGAGGAAUAAUGAGGAUGGUGCCAUUCAUUAUCAGAAUAUAGGAGAAGUUAACCCUUCAAUUUAUUUUGACCGUUGUUGGAUUGAAGGAAAUGGUCUAGCUAUUUUAAAUCUGACCUCACCACCUGUUAUUGACUUCAAUAUCCAAAACACAAUUACACUUAACUUCCAGCACAGUCUUGUCAAUAAAAACAAAGGUGGUAUGUAUAUACAUGCCAGCGCACACAGUUAUGCCAGCCAUCUUCAGGCUAAUAUCACCAAUAAUGUUUUUUCGUAUGGUACAAAUGGUGAGGCACUGAACAUAAGUGGUCAUCAUUUCCAGCAGUUCUAUUUGUAUGAAAAUCAUAUCUUUAACUAUUCAGCUGGUGAUUUCCGUGAUGUUGUUCACAUGCAGAAUGUAGGAACAAACUUUACUUUUAACACCAUUGAAGGUAACGUUGGUCAUUAUAUACUGAGAAUUUUCAACAAAGCUGACACAGAUGCUCUACAGAGGUUUUAUGCUAAUAUGCUCUCCAAUAACAAUGUGACUGCUCUUAAAAGAUCAGCAGUUAAAGUUGGAAGUGGACAUCCAUUAAUAAACACAAACUACCUUGUAAAUCCUGAGUGUGACUUUGAACUGGAGACAAAUCCUAUUAUUCAAUACAUCAAUGGUAUUCCUGUUCAGAGUAAACCAGUAGAUGCCAGAGAAAACUGGUGGGGAUCAGAGAGAUCUAACUUUGUAUUGGGUAGAAUAUGGGAUAAUCGUGACAACCAGUCUUUAAUUACUGUUAAUUAUCUGCCAAUUAAAGUCACUAAUGUAUCACUAAUUGAUGGUAAAUGUCCACCCGGUUGGAGAUUAAAUGACCAGAGAUGUUACAGAUACAUGGGAGCGUCCUUGCCCUACUAUGAUGCUAUUGAAUUUUGUAAAGCAGCCGGAGGCUAUCUUGCAGAUUCUAAAGAUAAAGAGAACUUUCUCCAAUAUUUACUUAGACUGAGUGAGAAUGUUUAUGUUGAUGACCUGACAGUGUGGGUAUAUGCUGAGGUUGCUAAAGGUUACUGCAGCUCAUUGAAGGACACAUAUAUCGUUGCACAGCAAGAAUGUCACAGGAAGCUUCUCCCAUUCAUUUGUGAAAGAGAUCCCUACAUAGUUGCACCUGGAUCAGAUAUCCUGGCAAUGGCUAUUGGAAUAUCAGCUGGUGUGUUUGGUACUGGUCUCAUUAUUGUCAUCAUCCUUAUCAUCUUGUGGUAUGUCAAGUCUAAACGUAGAAAGGAUGAAAGGUUUGAACGAGCUGCUUCAAUAAGAUCAUCAUAUAGUAAAACAUCACUCCAUAACAGUAGGAUGACAUUACAUACAAGGUCAACCAUUAGUAUGUUGACAGAUGGAUCUCCAAGGAAACGUGGACGAAAUUAUGAUGAUAGAUCAUCCUCUGGUAAAUAUUCUGCCUCUAUGACAUCAUCAAAGCAUAAAAUAUACGAUUCAGACGAAUCUGUUACACUUGGUGGUAUUGGUAUAGACGAGAGAAAAGAUGAAAUGCACAGAAAUAUUCAUAGAUCUCGUGAAUAUCUGGAAGAUGUCAUUGACAACCGUGACAAAAUGAGAAAUGGCCAUACAUUUAAUGGAUCAAGAGAGAGGCUUGAUAUCCCUAGUGGAGUUUCAAGAUCUAGAGAACGUUUGGAUGAUAGAUAUGGUUCUAAAGAUAGCCUCAGUCAUUCACCAAGACUUGGUGGACCAACAAGAGCUGGACUUGGUAGACGGUUACCAAACAAAAUGGAAAACCCUAGAUUAGCAGAGCUAGCAGAUAGGAAGAAUGCAUACUUGAAAAAACCAAUAGAUUCUCCUGGAUCCUCCCUUGACAGGAAAUUGUUGAAACAUGGCGAUGAUCAUGUGGACACUAUGACUGAUGACACAUUUGAUGGGUAUUCCACCAAUGAGUUUGAUGACGUUACAUCAGAAACUGAUGCUGAAACAGUCAAAUUUCAUCCAACAAAGUUUUCACAGAUUAAUAAUGAAAUCAACCUUAUGCAAAAAUUACCCUCUAUGGAUAACGUAUAUGCAAAUGAACACACACCGAGCAUUGAUAGGUCUAAAUCAUUGACAAGUUUUCUUCAGCCUGAUAAUCCUCCUACUCCUCCACCUCCAUUAGAUGGUCACACAUAUAAAUCUUCACCAGAUGUAUCCCCAAAGAAACCUAGACCAGUCCCACGCCCAAGAUCAACGAGAAACAGUAAUGUUAGCAGUGUUGGUGACUAUACAGGAACAAAAGAUGAUAGAACAGUCCCUGCUCCUCUCCAUUUAAGCCGUGAAAAUCUUAAUUUUGCUCACAAGAAACCUGACUGGUUGGCAGAUAAGUUAAGAGAAACCAGUGCUAGUGAAGAUAGUGAUGAUGAUAGUAUAAAUAACUCUUCGUAUGAAUCUGGUCAUAAUAAUCAAGGAUACAUUGGAAGUCAUGAAGAUUUGUCCAAAAAACCUUACCAGAAACAACUAAAUAUUCAAAUACCCAUGAAUGACUUGUCUAAGCCAACUACUUCUAAUCCACCAUCUCUGGCCAGUGAUAACCUACAGAAUAUGGACUAUAUGAAGGAUAGUUACUCAAGUAUUGACUAUGGUAGUCAUCAUCAUAGUAGGGAUAACUUGCCUUCCCCUGGAUACUAUCGUGGUGGCAGUCGAGAAGACCUUGCUACUCCAACUAAUCUCAACAGAAGCAGGGAAAAUAUACCAGACCAGGGUUAUCCAUACAAUGGAAGGAGAGAAAAUAUUGCUGAUCCAAGAUAUCAGUAUGGUGGAAGUAGGGAGGAUCUUGCAACACCAACUAAUAGGCUAAAUAGAAGCAGAGAAAAUAUUACAGAUAAGGGAUAUCCAUACACAGGAAGCAGGGAAAACAUUUCUGCACCGUCCUACCAAUACACUGGCAGUAGGGAGAAUUUAGCCAGUCCAGCAACUCGACUAGGUAGAAGUAGAGAGAAUAUUGCAGAAACACCAAGAAAUAGGGAAGAUAGGUACGGAAGUAGAGGGAAUCUUCCAUAUGGAAGCAGGGAAAACCUUAGUGGUUUCCAUGGAAGUAGGGAAAAUUUGGAUCGUUACCAUGACAACAAUGGUCCACCAAGUUAUGAUGAAAGCCAUGGUCUCCCAAAAUACCAUGGUAGUAGAGAACAGCUGCAGGAAUAUAGAGGUAGUCGAGAUAAUUUGCAACAUGGAAGCAGAGAAAACCUAGGAGGCAGAGGUGCACCCAGGUAUAAUGGUAGCCAGGAAAAUAUACAUGAUGGUGUACUCCAUCUUCAGAAUCAACCCCAGCAACAUCAGUCUAUAGAAACAGAAAUUUAAAAGAGGUUGUGUCUCAUCUUGUAAUAUAUGAUGAUUAAAAUCAAACUACCGGUAUAUAUCUGUCAUUGGAAAAAAGUUUAAAAUAGACAUUCCUAUAUUGAUUGCACCAAUAAAAUAAAUGACACUAAGGUACUUAGAUUGACAUUUUAUAUUUGCUCAAAGUAAUUGUUAGUGCUUUUUUAUUAUUUAUUUUGAGACAUUAAGAUAACAUGACAAAUUCUAUUUGGAAAUUGGAUUUUGUGAAUUUGUUAGAUAUCACACAGGUGACCCAGCACAAUGAAUGCUUUGUACAAAGUCCAUUACAGUUUGAUUGACAAGUUAUGGAGCAAAAUGAAAACUUUGAUGCUGUUUUUUUAAAUGACAGGGUUUUCAAGUAGGGCAAGUGUGCAAAUACUGUGCUUUCAAAUAAUAUGUGAAGGGAAUAUUAUACUAAACUAACCAUAUAUUUGUAGAUACAUAUAGAUUUAGAUGAAUUGUUUAUAUACUUUAUUAAUUUUUUGUAUUAUAUUAAGAAUUAAGAAUGAGACACAUUUAACCAGACUUUUCAAAUUUUACUUUACAUGUUGAAGUAUUUUCCUGCCUCUAUAUAUUUAGUAACAUUUAUUCUUUUUUUUCUUUUUUUUAACCCAAGGUUCACCGAUAAAAAAUUAAGUUUUUUUGUUUGCUAAAAUUUUAUCAUGACUUAUUGAUUCUUAGUAAAUCAAGAUAUUGUGUUUUAAAGCUUAGUAGAUCUAUGUAGAAAUAUUUUAAUAGUCACUAAAGCCAUUUAAUGUGUUUUUAUAUUUGACAAUACUUAUUAUAUUCCAUUUUGAAGUAGCUUUUUUAUAUAUUACAUACACAUGUAUUUGUAAUGAAUUUUGAAUUCACUUUUUACACUGGGAUGAAUUAUCAGGGAUAUACAAUGAUCAUAAAAUACAUUUGGAAUCAUCAUUAAUGGUUGUGAAUUCCAGUAUCCUCUAGUCUUUUUUAUUUGAACUAAAUAAUAAACAGAAAAAAUUAAGAUACUCUUUUGUAAAAAAAUGUGAAUAACUUAUAAACAGAAGUGGAGGGGGGUCAUUGGACUGUUUUUUUUUUUUUUAUUUAUUCUCUAAAUCAACAAGGAAUUUUUUAAAUAAUUAUCAGGUACAAUAUAUCUUCCUCCAAAAGUAUAAUUUAAAUUUAACUAGCUUGACCAUGGCUAAUAAUGAUAAUCUUAGAAUUAACAAUGAUUUUUCUGGGGGGAAAUAACUUGUUCAAUUUACAAACAUUCCUGUAAUUAUCUUUGUAAAUUUUAAUAGUGUGCAUACCAAUAUAACCUUCCUGUCAUAACAUAUCAACAAUAAUAUAUGCAUUAUAUGUCAAUUCCAUAAAUAGAACUCCACAUCAUAUUGUUAGAUACAUUCUAAAAUGAAUUCUAUUGUACAUAAAGGUUGUGAAAUCAAUACAUAUCACAAUUAUUUACAUUUUUGUGUAUUUACCAUAAGUGCCAUAAUGUUUUAAUUUCAUUUGCAAGUACUCUUUGAAAUUCUGUAUGUAUAGUUUAUUUUAUAGAUAGUGGAUGUAUAGUAUAUGUUAAGGAAUUAUAAGAACUACAGAAAGGUUUUGUGUUUGUCUCAAAGAGAAGACAGAAACCAAACAACUCUAAAAGGAAAACUCUAGAAGUAAUGAUUUCACUUUCAAAUACAUGUAUAAGCAAAUAAAAAAGACAAGUUCUAUUUAUAUGUGUUAUGAUCCACCAAUUUAUUAAGUUUGCUGUCUUUUGUAAGUUAUCCAUACUUUGAUUGAUAAUUGAGACAGAAAAUCUUUAAUUGAUGUUAAUGAUAUUGAUUUUUGGGUGCAUAUAUUUUAUUGAACUUGGUAAGGUUUAUUACCAUACUAUUAUGCCUGUACCAAGUCAGGAAUAAAACAGUUGUUUUCCAUGGAUUUAGUCAGUUUUUAUGGACUUCUACCCUUUUUGAAUUUACGUUAAAGUUCAGUAUUUUUGUUAAUACUUUUUUUACAUAAUUAGUUGCUAUUAUGAUGCAUUAAGGAAAUAUCAUGUUUCAUUGCAAAUGAUAACAAAAAUCAAAGGAUAGCUUUUUGUUUUGUUAUUUUUAAAUUCGAAUUUUAUAAUAUUCAUUAAGUUUUUAUGAUGUUGUGAUGUACAUAUCAAUCAAAUGUGUAAGUUAUUUCAGAUUUAUAACAUGUAUAUAUUUCUACUUUUUUUUAACAUAGGGACAGGUUAGAACAAUUUAAUUGUGAUUGAAAGCUUUGAGAUAAUCAUUGUAAAUGGUAAAUAAAAACAAUACCAGAAGAUUCAGGUUAUCAGAGUCAAUUCCUUGUUUACAUAUCAUUCUUUUUUAAAGUUUUUUCUUUGUUUAUUGCAGAUUAUUGAUAUUCUCUUUUUUUAAGAAACAGCAAAGCUAUUAAAGCUUUUCAAUUGAAAAUAUGUUAUAUGCUACCAAAAUCUUGAUCCUUACACUAUUUCAUAGCAAGCAUGUUUUGAAUAAUGGUUGUAUAUUUGAUUCCUAUAAAAUAGAUUUAUGUUGAACAUUUUAAUUUUCACUUUCGUAUAUUGUACUACUGAAUUACAUUUCUUAGAAUGUAGAUAUUUUUUAGUACAUUCCUAUCAGACUUUUUGUAAAUGUAAAUAUUCUGUACAUACAUUCCAAACUUUAAAGGCAGUGAUUUUUUUUACUGUAAAUUUAUAUUCAUAAUCAUUCCAUUUUUACACCCUUAUAUUAUCACAUAUAUAUUUUGUGUUUCAAUUCAACUUGUACUAUACUAAUGAUUUAGACUUAUUUUUAUAAAAAAAAAAUGACUUUAUAAUUUAGUGAAAUCAUUUUUGUAUUGAAAAAAUAAUAUAACAUUUACAAUGACUUUUA